AUGGAUAAAACCAAUAUAACCACAGUGAAAGAGUUUAUUUUAUUGGCUUUUUCAGAUUUAUAUCAACUCCAGAUUCCUCUCUUCAUUGUCACUUUGCUCGUCUACAUCAUGUGUGUGUUUGGGAACUUUGUCAUUGUUAUUAUAGUUAGGGUUGAAACUUCACUUCAUACUCCAAUGUACUUUUUUAUCAGCACAUUAUCUGCCAUGGAAAUAAUAUUUGUAUCUAUAUUUAUUCCUAACCUUUUAGCUAACCUUGUGGCUACAAAAAAGAGCAUAUCCUUUAAUGGAUGUUUUAUACAAUUAUUUGUUGGCGCAACCUUGGGAACAGCAGAAAGAUUCCUACUUGCAGUCAUGGCUUUUGACAGAGUCCUGGCUAUUAACAAGCCCCUUCAAUAUGUUUCUAUCAUGACCCAACGGGUCUGUGUGCAACUUGCACUUUUACCAUUAAUUGUUGGGGUUGUCACUGCAUUGAUUCCCACAGUGUUCACAGCUGAACUGCAAUUCUGUGGUCCUAAUGAAGUCAACCAUUUUGGUUGUGAUUUCAGUCCAUUACAGUCCUUGGCUUGUUCUGAUUCCUCCAUCAGUCAGUUGGUUACAAUUUCUGGGACGGCCUUUGCAAUAGUUCUCCCAUUCAUUACAACUGUUGGACUCUACAUCCAUAUCAUUUUCAUAAUUUCUAUGAUUAACAGUGCCAAAUCUAAAUGGAAAGCCUUCUCCACAUGCUCUUCUCAUCUCAUUGUAGUAGGUUUGUUUUAUAUAACAACUAUUGUUGUGUAUGCCACUCCAAGGGGUACCCGAUAUGACAGGUUCUUUGCCCUCAUGUAUACUGUUAUUACCCCUCUUUUGAAUCCAUUCAUAUAUUCAUUCAGGAACAACGAUGUAAAGAAAGCGCUCAUAAAAUCAAGAAGGUUAAAGUUUUGCCAGGGAUCAUUCUAA